AAGUUUUCACUAUACACAAGUAGAAGUUAGGCUUAACCCAAAGUUAACCGAAUGGAAAUAACCUUAAGUCUCAACUUAAGAAGGUUUUUAUGGUACUAGAAAUGAAGUCAGCUUUGAGUUCAGAUCUGGUCUUCAGUGAAGAAGACCUGCCAUAUGAAGAGGAGAUUUUAAGAAACCCUUUUUCUGUAAAACACUGGAUGAGAUAUAUAGAAUUUAAGAAAGAUGCCUCAAAACAAGCCAUAAAUGUAAUCUAUGAAAGAGCUCUUAAAGAGUUACCUGGAAGCUACAAGUUAUGGUACAAUUAUCUAAAACUUAGGAAAAACCAAGUGAAAAAUCAUUGCAUAAUAGAUCCAUCAUAUGAAGAUGUGAAUUUUGCAUUUGAACGUGCCCUUGUGUUCAUGCAUAAGAUGCCUAGAAUAUGGCUUGAUUAUUGUCAGUUUCUUAUAGAUCAAUGCAAGAUAACAAGAACGCGACGAGUUUUUGAUCGUGCUUUACGUGCUCUUCCGAUUACUCAGCACCACAGAAUUUGGCCUCUGUACCUUUCUUUUGUAAAAAAACAUGAAAUUCCAGAAACAGCAGUCAGAGUAUACAGACGAUACUUAAAGUUAACUCCUGAAAACACAGAAGAGUACAUUGAAUAUCUCCGUUCACAGGGUCGGUUGGAUGAAGCAGCACUCAAGUUGGCAGAGUUGGUUAAUAAUGAAGAUUUUGUUUCAAAAGAGGGGAAGUCCAAGCACCAGAUGUGGAAUGAAUUAUGUGAUCUGAUAUCAAAAAAUCCUGAUAAGGUUCACUCAUUAAAAGCAGACUCUAUCAUUCGUGGAGGGCUUCAACGGUACACUGACCAGCUUGGUAAGUUAUGGAACUCAUUAGCAGAUUACUAUAUUCGGAGUGGAAACUUUGAGAGAGCUCGAGACAUCUAUGAGGAAGCCAUCCAAACAGUUUUGACUGUCAGAGAUUUUACACAAGUUUUUGAUGCCUAUGCUCAGUUUGAAGAAAGGCUAAUCAGUGCAAAAAUGGAAACUACGGUUAAUUCCAACUCAAUAGAAGAGGAUGAUGAGCUCGAAUUAGAGUUAAGGCUGGCUCGAUUUGAAGACUUAAUGGAUAGGAGACCAUUACUGUUGAACAGUGUGCUGCUUCGUCAGAAUCCUCAUAAUGUUCAUGAAUGGCAAAAACGUGUAAAACUUCUUGAAGGGAAACCAAGAGAAAUAGUGAAUGUUUUCACUGAGGCAGUUCAGACAGUAGACCCCAAGUUGGCCACAGGAAAACUUUAUCAACUUUGGGUUUCAUUUGCUAAGUUUUAUGAAGAAAAUGGGCAAAUUGAAGAUGCUAGAGUCAUCUUUGAAAAAGGAACUCACGUUGCUUACACUAAAGUUGUAGAUUUAGCAGCUGUGUGGUGUGAAUGGGCAGAGAUGGAACUGAGACAUGAAAAUUAUGAGGGUUCUUUAAAGCUCAUGGAAAAAGCAACUGCUGCUCCACCCAUAAAAGUUGCAUAUAAUGACACUACAGAACCUGUGCAGUCUCGGUUAUACAAAUGUUUAAAAGUAUGGUCCAUGUAUGCUGAUUUAGAAGAGAGUUUUGGUACUUUUAAGUCAACUAAAGCUGUAUAUGACCGUAUUAUUGACCUCAAAAUAGCAACACCCCAAAUCAUCAUUAACUAUGGCUUGUUUCUUGAAGAAAAUAGUUAUUUUGAAGAAGCAUUCAAAGCCUAUGAAAAAGGCAUUGCUCUCUUUAAAUGGCCCAAUGUGUAUGACAUCUGGAAAACCUAUCUGUCAAAAUUUUUAAAACGUUAUGGUGGGCAAAAAUUAGAACGAGCUCGAGAUCUUUUUGAGCAAUGCUUAGAUGGCUGUCCAGCCAAGUUUGCAAAAUCUAUUUAUUUACUAUAUGCGAAACUUGAAGAAGAACAUGGACUUGCCCGCCAUGCUAUGGCUAUUUAUGACAGGUCAACCCGAGCAGUAGAACCUGAUGAACAGUUUGAGAUGUUCAACAUUUACAUUAAGAAAGCUGCCGAAAUCUAUGGAGUGACUUAUACACGCCAGAUAUAUGAGAAAGCUAUUGAGGGAUUACCAGAUCAUUAUGCUCAACAAAUGUGUUUGAGGUUUGCAGAUCUUGAGCAAAAACUUGGGGAGAUAGAUCGUGCAAGAGCCAUUUAUGCUCACUGUAGCCAGAUGUGCGACCCCAGAACAACUGUAGACUUCUGGCAGACUUGGAAAGACUUUGAGGUUCGUCACGGCAAUGAAGACACUGUGAGAGAAAUGUUGCGCAUUAAGAGAAGUGUCCAAGCAACCUAUAACACUCAGGUGAACUUCAUGUCUGCACAGAUGCUGAAUGCUGCAGCUGCUGCUGCUGGACAAAUUCCUGAGAACUUGCCAGAAAACAGUAUGCAGCAGCUUGAGGCUAAAGCUAAGGCACUUGCCCAGGAAGCCCAAAAUGAUCAGCCACAUAUGCCUGGAAGAAAGGAUAUAAUGUUUGUCCGUGGAGGAACAAAUGCUGCUGAGGAGGAGCUUGCAGAAUUGAGUAAAACAACCAAUCCUGAAGAAAUUAACAUUGAUGAUGAUUUUGAUACAGAUGAAGAAGAGAAUGUGGAAGAAGUUCAAGUAGAAAGAAGAUCUGUUCCAACAGAAGUGUUUGCUGGUUUAAAGAAAGAUCAUGAUGAUGAUGAUGAUUAAAGAUAACAAUAAUAUUGAGGUUUUCUCUUAUUGCAAUAUGCAAAUACUAAGAAAUAAUAAAAGGUAAAUCAUAAAGAAAUGUAAUACAGGUGUCAUUCUGAUAAAAAAAAAACUGAAAUUAAUUUAACAAACAAAGUAUUUUAAAUAAAUGUGGAUAGUCUAAGAAAUGACUAAUCACAAUGUAAUUAGAAUGAUGAUAGCUUAUUCUUUAGAGAUACAACUUCAGAUUUUACAAAAUGACAUUUGUUAACUUUAUAUCACCAUCAUUAGUUCUCUCAAGUUCAUUCUACAGUUUUUACUUUUUUAACAGAUUCAAUUAUUUUAGUGUUGCUGUAAAUACUCUCAAACAAACAGAAUUAACAUCAUAGUUUUAUGAGAUACUGAAAAUUGCUUAUAAUGUUCAAACUAACAAAGGAAGUUGUAUUUGUUUGUGGUAAGUUAUUACUAAGAAUGAUAAACUUGCCUUGAAGUAUACAGUCUGUAUGAGAAUGUCCAAUGAUUAAAAGGUAUAUGAAUCUUCCCCA